AUGGGCCCCCUGCACACCCAUCUCACCUUGCUUGAAGAGAGCUCAGCUCGGUAUGCCUCCCGCCCAAUCUUCAUGGUGCCACGGCAGCCCGUACACGCUGAGGGAAUCGGCAAAAGAGAUUGGUACACCAUCACGUUCCCGCAGUUUCUGCAAGACGUUGAGCUCGCUGCUCGAUACUGGCUUCGCACUCUGAAUGAAAGUGCCACCCCCCUGCGUUCUGUUGUUGGACUAUGGGUUGGUGGUACAGAAUACACCGAUGUCCUUCACAUUUUUGGAGUUGCCAGGGCCGGUUUUGUUCCGCAGGCUUUAUCCCUUCUGUUACCCAAUCCUGGAGCCGCAUACGAGCUGCUGUCCCAGACCAAUGCGCAUGCGCUCAUUAUUGAUCCCUCGUUCGCGUCUAUGUCAACCAAUUGCCCAAUACCAGUGCAUAUCGCCGUUCGAGAUAUACACGCCAUGGUCAUGGACGUGGAUGAUAUCGCAUUACCUCCCGUACACAAGGCUUCGGCAGCCGAGGAUAUUGCCAUGAUCUUCCAUACAUCUGGGUCGAGCUCGAGAAGACCGAAACUCGUCCCAUGCAGCUAUCGGUGGCUGGAUGCACUCAUCGCGAAAACGAAACAAGGUGGCAUAACAUACGACCCGAGGAAGCAGGAUGUUACCGCCUGGAUGGGAAGCAUGUGUCACAUUGGACAGACUUUUAUGGUACUAGGCGCCAUGCAGCAUGGUGCAUGCCUUGUUCAGCCAACGACGAUCGCAUUCUCGUCCGACGAGUUGGUGGACAUGAUUACACGCUGCGGGCUCAAUCGCCUCAUGCAGUUUUCCACCUUCCUGGGGAUACACCUCCGGAGGGCGAGACAGGACGUAGCGUUCCUCGCCAGGUUGCAGAGUUUGGACGAGGUCCUUUAUUCUGGACUGCCACUUUCACAAGAAGAUAAAGAGUGGGCAUUGAGCAAUGGCAUUGUGCUGCGCAAUCUGUAUGGCACCACGGAGUGCGGGGGAUCCAUGUUACUGUCCAUCGGAGGACGAGAUUCCAACGCUCACCUCCUGCGACCACUGGAAGGCGUAUCCUACAGGUUCUGUCCUGUCAGUGAUAUAAGGGCCUCCAACGCCCUCGAUGCCUCGCCUCUUCUGGAACUCGUUGUCCUCUCCGAUUCUGGUGACUGCCCACACUAUUCACUACGGGAUGUCGAUGGUCAUUUCCACACUCGCGACUUAUUCCAGGAGGUGUCGCCCGGAUGCUAUGUAUUCCGUGGACGGGAAGACGACUGGAUCAAGAGCGAGAACGGGCUUAGAUGCGACACUAAAGCGAUCGAAGACGAAGUCCGUUCAACAUGCAAGGAGCUCGUCUUCGACUGCGUGGUGGUGGGCACAGGGCGGCCUUCUCCUGCGCUUUUCGUCGAAGGAAGGGGGACGGUUGAUGCGGAAGCGCUGAAAGAAGAAAUUCUCCGCCGGACGCAGCACUCACAAGCAGAGCGGUAUCUCCAUGAGCAGAUUGUUUCCACAAAGUUUGUCUUCGUCGUUCCGCCGAAUUCCCUUCCGCGUACAUCGACGAAGGGGAAUAUUCGCCGGCAGGCGGUGGAGAUUGCCUUCAAAGCGGAACUUGAUGAGAUUUACCGCCCAAUUUUCUGA